CGAUGCGAAUACAUCAGUCUCCAAACUGAGGACCCUGGGCUUCCUUUCAGUCAAAGGCAUGGUUCUACCUACCUCUUCUAGCUCUGUCGGCAUGUUAAAGGGUUCUUAACUUCAAAUUGAGGGAAGAGGUAAAAGAGGCGACAAUUUGCACACGCUGAUAUCAAUGUAAUAUGUGCUUUCUCUUCCUUUUCUUCGUCUUCUUUUCCCCGCCGGCUGGUGGGGGUCAACUAUUUCAGACUUCGGUACCGCCCACUCGAUUGGGUAGCCAUCCAGCCAUAGUAGGUUCCUCCUGUUCAAUCUGGCUUGAAAUACUACAUUUAUGUGAAGUUCCUAUGUAUAAGUAUCGAGACAGACUACUGGAUUUCAGUAAAGCAAACGCGCGGUGUUAGACACUGCUCGUGAUUGAGAGGAGGACCUUCUAAUACUGG